UAAUUGGAAUGUUAAAAAAUUGGGUCGAGUAUCGGAUUUCGGAUCGAAAUCCUGGUUAUAAAUUUUUCGGGGUGAGGUCAAUUCUGUUCGCUGAUAUCUUUUCGUCUACUUUCCCAUUAUUAGCGAAACAGAGUAGUAAACUGGGGAUUAGACUAAAAUCGGUAUACUUUUUCUUUGACCCUAUCGUCUCUUGGCCCUUUCGUUUCUUGAUGAAUAAAUAAAUUUUUUUAAGGCAAAAGAAGAUGAAGAUUUUUAUGAAUGGAUUAAAGGGUCAAAUCAAAUGGAAGUUGAAGAUAAACAUUUGAAAAAAUUAAAAGAAAGAUGGACAAAAAACGACCAAGAAUUGGGUGAAGAUGAACGUUUUUUGAGAGAUUUUUUGUUAAAUAAAAAAUAUUUGGGAGACUCGAAGGAAGAGGAAAAAGGGAAAGAAGAAAGAAUUCCAACAUAUGAAGAAAUUAUUAAAGAUGAACAAGAAGAGGAUCUUGCUGACCAAUUUGAACAAAAAUAUAAUUUUAGAUUUGAGGAACCUGAUCAAGAAUUUUUAAAACAAUAUCCACGGACAAUAAAUGAAGCAUUAAGAAAAAAGGAAUCAAAAAGACAUAAAAAAUUGGAAGAAGAAAAAGAAGCCAAAAAACGUAAAAGAACGCAUAUUGAAAUGGUUGAAGUGCCUUUUCGUUAUAGACAAGUUGCUCCAAAUUCUUUUGGAUUGAGUACUGAUGAGAUUUUAAAUUCUGAUGAUCGUUGUUUAAAUGCAUGGGCACCUCUCUCAAAAAUUUGUCAAUAUCGCGAUGAUAAUGAAGAACAAAGACAAAUUUUAUAUUUUGAAAGGAAAGCUAAAAAUAUUGAAAAGAAGAGAAAAAUUUUGGAAAAGAAAUUGAAAAGUGAAGAAAAAUCUGAGGAAAAACAAGAAGAGAAGGAAGAGGAGAAGAUGGAAGAGAAUGAUUUUGGGGAGGGUGAAGAAGAAGAGGAGUAUCAACAAGAUGAGGAGGAUAAAGGGGAGGAAUAUCAGCAAGAUGAAGAAGAGGAGUAUCAACAAAAUGAUGUUGAGGAUCAUUUUCUUGAUGCUGAGGAAGAUGAAGAAUCUUUUUCAAGUAUUCCGAGUACUUCAAAUAAUAUUGUUGGAAUUAAAUCAAAAACAACACUUAAAGGACAGUCUAUUGAACAAGGAGGAGUAAAACAAGAACCUAUGGAAUUAAAUCAAGAAAAAAUUGUUGAGAAAUUAAAUGAAGAACAACGAAAAAGCAAGAAAAGAAAAUUCAUGAUAAAUAAAAAAGAAAAUAAAAAGAAGAACAAAAAACAAUUUAAUGUAACAGAAUUAAAUAAAGAAAGGCUUAGAGCUUAUGGAGUUGGAACAAUAAAAAAAUUAAAAAGUAUUCAAUUUUGUAAAAAGAUGGACGAGAAAGAGAUGAGGAAGAAGGAGAAAAUUGAAGAAAAGAAGAUGGUGGGGGAAGAAAACGGAGAGGGAAGAAAAAAGAAGAAGAGGAAGAAGAAGAAAAUGAAAGGGAAAAAUGAUGAAGGGAAGGGAGAAGAAAAUUGAGGAGGAAAAACUAGAAGAGAAGACACUUUGGACGGAUUUUUUGGGUCUGUUUUGUUUUUGGCUUUUCUCUAAUGCUAGAGAAGAGGAAAAAAAGAUACAAUUAGGGUUGCCGUU